AAUUCCCAUGCUGCACCGCGGUGACGCAGAGUGACGCAGUAGCUGUCGGCGGGAAAUCUGAGGCGAGUUGUUUGAGGAGCGGUGAGUUAGCUAACAGGCUAACCUGAGUGUUAAGAUGCAGCGGAUCAGCCGGUUAAAGCGAGAACUUCAGCUUCUGAACACAGAACCACCACCCGGAAUACACUGCAGCUUCAGCGAGGAGAACCUGGAGAACAUCCAGGCCCAGAUUAUUGGAGGUUCUGGUACGCCUUUUGAGGGAGGAGUGUUUAAUCUGGAGAUAAAAGUUCCUGACAGGUAUCCAUUUGAACCUCCUCAGGUGCGUUUCCUCACGCCCAUCUACCACCCCAACAUCGACAGUGCGGGACGGAUCUGUCUGGAUGCUCUUAAACUGCCACCCAAGGGGGCGUGGAGACCUUCUCUGAACAUCUCCACGGUGCUGAGCUCCAUCCAGCUCCUCAUGGCCGAACCCAACCCUGAUGAUCCGCUGAUGGCCGAUAUCUCGUCUGAGUUUAAGUACAGUAGAGCUGUGUAUCUGGAGAAAGCUCGGAAGUGGACGGAGAAAUACGCCACACAGAAGAAGCUGGGCGAUGGUGAGGAACAGCAGAAGGGUCCUGAUGAGGAACGCUGUGGAAAAACCUCCCGGAAAAGAGAAGCUCUUUCAGCUCAGGAGAACCUGGAGCAGCCCAAGAGAUCCUGCAGUUAGAGAUGAUCCUCAAAAAAAGGACAUUUCCCAGGUGCAUGCUGUGUUCGUCUGUUAUGUAUGUGUUUGUAUAUAUGUUCAGUGUUUUUUUUAAUGUUUAGGUUUCUUAGUUUCUCUCUUAGAGUUCUCAGAGAGCCGCACAUGUAUGUAUGAAACUAAUAACUUUAUUAAAUCAUUCUUUCAUCACAA